AGUAAAUUUUUUUAUAUAUCCAUGAUGUAUGAAGGAAUAGUUGCACAUCACUGAUAGAUAGUUGGGAGUGACAAUAUCGGAAGUUGCAAUGUUGUGGUAUUGUCAUAUGCUCGUAUCUGAAGCACUAGUAUGCUCAACUCGGUGUACACACUGGACCUGGAGGAGGUAACCUUUUUGCCCUGUUGGAAGCUUGAAAGCAUGACUUGACUUGAGUUGGAUUUAGUCACGUUCUGUCACCUCCGUCUGACAUCAUCUCUGAACCCAACCUCUCCCAUUUUGUAAUCCUUUCUGAUUGCGAAUUCCUCAAUGCGUAAUCAGUCUCUUGGCCAUCCACGCAACCUCGCCGCCGUCGACCAAAUCAGCAGCAGCCUGCCCUCCAAAGCGUGCCACGACGACCAGGUCCAUUCUCCAAUCAUUCAGCUCCGACGCAGCACAAGCAAGCGCUCCAUUCCCUUCUCUAGCCAAGUAGCAGAAGACGCAGCGCUCCAGUUCGUUGUCCUCUGCGCACGCACCACGCCGGCGCACCCGAUCCCUCCGCGCGCCGCCAUGUCCUCCCUGUACAAGCAGCUGGGCCUGGGCGCCGCCGGCUCGCCGGUCACGGCGUCCCACCUCCUCAUGCUCGUCCUCGGCGCCGGCUUCCUCGCCUUCACCGUCUUCGUCGUCCACCCCAACGACUUCCGCCUCCAGUCCUUCUUCUCCGGCGCCUGCCCCGGCUCCCCGCCUCAUGACGCCGUUCACGCGCCGGUCAACGCCACGGCCAAGGCCACCGCCACGCCGGUCAAGCACGCCGACGCCACCGUGCCGGUCAAGGCGGCGGACGGGCAGGCCGGCGUGCGCGUGCUGAUCGGCAUCCAGACGAUGCCGGGCAAGUACGAGCGGCGGCACCUGCUGCGCACCGUGUACGCGCUCCAGCUCCAGGAGCACCCGUCCCUCGCCGGCGCCGUGGACGUGCGCUUCGUCUUCUGCAACGUCACCUCCGCCGUCGACGCGGUGCUGGUGGCCCUGGAGAUCAUGCGCUACGGCGACGUGAUGGUGCUGGACUGCGCCGAGAACAUGGACGGCGGCAAGACGUACGACUUCUUCGCCGCCGCCGCCCGCGCCUUCCCCGACGGGUCCUACGACUACGUGAUGAAGGCCGACGACGACACGUACCUGCGGCUCCAGGCUCUGGCGGCGUGGAUGGCCGGCGCGGCGCGGGAUGACGCGUACCUGGGCCUGCAGAUGCCGUGCGACCGGGAAAACUUCUACCCGUUCCCGCCGUUCAUGUCCGGGAUGGGGUACGCGCUGUCGUGGGACCUGGUGCGCUGGGUGGCGCGGUCGGAGGUCAGCCGCCGGGACCGCGUCGGGCCGGAGGACAUGUGGACGGGGCGGUGGCUCAACGUCGCCGGCAAGGCCAAGAACCGGUACGACGGCGCGCCCAGGAUGUACAACUACCUGGGGAGCUCCCCGGCCAACUGCUUCCGGCGCGGAUUCCGACCGGACACCAUCGCCGUGCACAUGCUCAAGGACGCCGGCCGGUGGGCCGAGACGCUCGCCUACUUCAACGCCACCGCCGGGCUGCCGCCGUCUGGCCUCUACCACCUGCCCUGAUCGGUUGAAACAAUGAAACGGUCCUCGUUUUGCUUUCUUGGCUCUUGGCUCGACCCGGUCGGCCGGGCUACAGCAGUGUGCGUUGAAUUUGUUCGGGUGGUGGUGGUUGGUUGGACAAGAAGAGGAUAAUUUGAUUUGUACUCCACAUCAUAGGUGCAUACUUUUCAUGGUUUUUGUCCAGUGCCUGUGUUCCAUUUACAUACAAACUUUCAUGGUGUUGCUACAUAUGUCACACCCCUUUUA